AUGGGAAAUAGCCCGUCUAAAGAUGACCCCCUGCCGAGAAACUCAACCAAUGAAAAUUCGUCGUCUGGCGUCUCCUCAGGAGGCGACCUAGAAUCAGACGACUCACCAGCGCUAUCGCGUCAAAGGAACAAAAGUUCCUUACCUGAGAGAGGCUCACAGAAGUCUUCUUCAGCUAUUGAAAUCGAAACAAAGUUUUCGAAAUCGAACAAUAAAUUUCACCGCAAUAAUGUCCAACGUUCUCGGUCCCGAAGCAGUAAUUCUUCAGUACAUCAAGGUGAUGGGUUUGAUGUAGAAAUGGGAGUUGAGCUCGCACAGCUUUUGAGCCUGUCCGCUUCUCCCAACACUGAGGCUCAUUCACAUCCUUUCAACGAUAUUUACGAGUCAACGUCUGAGAGCUCCAAAACUGACUCUUUUGCUUCAUCUCCAGUAUUCACAAAUAUGUGCGAAGAGAAGGAAGACGAUCUGUUACUGUCCUUAGGAUCUUCCCCGGGGAAGAACUUCAUUUCAAAAGCGCGGUUUUUUUCCGAACAGGAAAGCUUGGACCCUAUCCACGAAUCCUUGGGGGAGAUUCCUCAGUCCAUAUCUGGGGUCGAAAGUAUUGAGGAACCUAGACCUGAUAUCAAACACGGAUCGCCCAAUUUGUCAUCGCUUGGACGCCCGGGUGUAAAGAAGGACCCUUUUAAUUUGGACCCCAUUAUCGAAAGUUUGAUUCAAAUGGGUCUGUCAAAAUAUCAGGGCCGUCGCGCAAAGGAACCGUUGCCAAUAUCCAAUCAGCAGAUCAAGUAUAUUCUUCAAAAGUCCCGGUCCAUAUUUCUCGAGCAACCCACUCUUCUCAGGCUUUCACCUCCGGUGAAAAUUGUAGGGGACAUACAUGGACAGUUCAGUGAUUUAAUCCGCAUAUUUAACAGCUGUGGUUACCCUCCGCAUACGAACUACCUAUUUUUGGGAGACUACGUUGACCGUGGGUGUCAGUCUCUAGAGACGAUUUUACUAUUGUUGUGCUUCAAGAUAAAAUACCCUGAAAACUUUUUCAUGCUCAGAGGAAAUCAUGAGUCUGCCAAUAUCACUAAGAUAUAUGGUUUUUAUGACGAAUGUAAGAGACGGUUGUCCAGUUUCACUGGGGGGCAUAAAGUUUGGAAGAGCUUCAUUGAUGUCUUCAACACACUUCCCAUAGCUGCCACAAUUAAUGACAAGAUCUUCUGCAUUCAUGGGGGAUUGUCACCAGAUUUGCAUGACUUGAAUCAAAUUGAAGAGUUAAAACGGCCCACUGACAUUCCUGAUAAGGGACUUUUGGCUGAUCUUUUGUGGUCUGAUCCAGAUCCACUGAUUAAACAAUUUUCAAUGAAGAAUUGGCCCAAGAAUGAUAGAGGAGUAUCCUAUUGUUUUGGCCGCAAACAUGUUGACUACUGGUGCUCGAAAUUCAAUAUAGAUUUGAUAGUGAGGGGUCACAUGGUCGUUGAAGACGGGUACGAGUUUUUCAACAAGAGAAAGUUGGUUACUGUGUUUCUGGCUCCUAAUUAUUGUGGGGAGUUCAACAAUUAUGGAGCAGUUAUGAGUGUUGAUAAGAGUUUGUGCUGUUCCUUUGAAUUGCUCAAGCCGCAAUGA